AUGUCCUUUAAAUCAUCCAUGUUUGUCAGUCCUAACUAUACAUCCACCGGCAAUGUAACCGAGGAGAGGAAUGUCGAGUCCACCAGCGGCAAAUGGAAUCCCUUUGCGGCCGAAUCCACGCACCGUCCACUGCUUAUCGGGGACCCUCACGACUCGUCGCAGCCUGACGACUUUAACAAUAUUCUUUUCGAGAAGCUCGCCAAGCUCUCGGUGUCAAAUAACUACCCGUCUCAGACAAGUAAGCUCGGUGAGUUCCGCAACCGUCGUCCGUCCACGAGCUCGAGUUUUGCCGAGUCCAAGUUCCAGUCCUUCUUCCCUGAGGAGUCCGGGGUUAUCGCCGAGGAGUACAACGCGUUCCACUUACCCAUGGAGUUGCAGGGUGGGGUAUCCAACAUCUCUACGAGACGGCCCAGCUAUGCCGCUGAAGUCUUUACCAGCGGCGGAAGCUUCGCCGCAACGACCAACGAUGCUCCCCAAAACGGAGGAACAAACCCGUUGCUCGGCUCUAGACCCAACGGCAUGGAUUCCCAAGCGCCCAUUUGGGGCUACAAGGCCCAGGCAUACCCAUACCUGCUGGAUAGCUUUGGGAAGCCGUUCGAAUACGCGCCCGAAGCCCUAGAACCAGCGGCGUACGCCAAUCCGGACGACAGAUUCAACCAGUACAACUACCCACGGCUGAACGAGUUCAACCAGUAUACCCCUGGAAACACCUAUGACGGCUCCAGCCAGGCGUUCCAGCCGUAUCAGCCGUACAAGACCCGUUUGAACGAGUUCCAGUCCCGCAGACUGUCUCAGUUUGACACCGCCAGCUUCGCCUGGAAUGGAAGCAACCAAGGAGGCUCGCAGAAAGGAUACGGGUACGGCAACUCUCAGCCCCCACACCAAGACCAGAACCAGUAUGAUCUGAACCACGGAAACAGAUUCAGCCAGGGGUCCCACGGAAGGGGCCAGCAGCGGUCAAAUCGCAGCCGUCACUCAGUUAGCUACGCCCACUACCCGAACAAUAACCACAGCCCUGGGGCCGUAAAUUUGCCCUCAGACCCCAACCAGCUCGUGAAGUUGGAUAGCGGAUUGUUGUUGACAAACAACUACAUCAUGGCCUCGAAAGACUUGAAGCAGAUCUACAAGCAGACUUUGCCGUACUUUGGGUACUGCACCACCGGCGAAACCUUUGAUACCGAAGAGGCCUCAGCAAAGGAGGAGGCCGAGAAGAGUCUUACCACGGCCAAUGAAAUCAUGCUUGAACUAGACGAUUUAUUGGAUCCCGAAAAGCAUUCCGAAAUCCAAUCGCUCGUGUCGUUCCUCCGAAAUUUAAACAACUUGUCGCCAUACACCAGACACAGCAACAGUCACGGGGGCAACGCAAACGGAGCUAAUUCUAGCACCCGCACGUUGCUUCUCCUCACGCUCGUGAUGAACAAGAACGGGAAGAUGGAGAUCUUGUGCUUGCCCAACUCCAACCUCUUUUUGCAGAAGCAUGACUUGGUGGUGAUCGACGGCGACAGGGGAAAGGACCUUGUGAUGAUCUUGAAGCCCAUGGUGGACUUGAAGUACGCAAUCUUGUUCAACUUUUUGCGGAAACGCGAGCACUUGAAGUCAUUGUACAUCCAGUCGUCAGAGGGUGAAGCCGAGGGCUCUGCCACCACCACUUCCACCACCGAAGACAACGAGUUCAUCAUCUCCUUGCCCACCAAGCAGGUGCUUCGGUUUGCCACCCCCCAAGAGUGCCACCAGUUGCCGAUGAAGUACAUGGAGGAGUGCAAGAGCUUCCUGUUGGCGAAGCUCAAGAUUGAGGAGUUGGGAUUGGCCCACCACAUCACGUUGAUCCAGUCGGAGUACCAAUUUGACUUCAAGAAGUUGAUUUUCUACUACUUUGCCGGCUUCCAGCGCGUGGAUUUCCGGGGGUUGAUCAAGGAGUUGUUCAAGGUGUACAAAACCCGUAUCUGGUUGUGUGCCGUGCUACCUGAUUUCCAGGAGAGAGAGCGUCUUAAUACGACAGGCCCCAAGCCAACGACAAUCACCUCCAUUGAGGACUUUGAGGGCUUGAAUGAGCACAUCUGCGACUUUCACAGCUUGAACAUCCUUAGCUUGGUUCAGCAAUUGAAGAAGGAGAUCGUGGAGACCAACUUUUAUGGCUUCAAGAAGAUUAACAUCAGCUAG